GAUCGCCCGGAUGUCGGUCUUUCUUUCUCGCUAUAGUGGUGAAGGUGCAACAGUAAUCGGUCGUCCCGAACCGGGUUCAUCCGACACCAUCACCGAUCAAGCUGAACUGAGCUCAACGUCCACACGAUCAACAUGCCUCCUAAGUUUGAUCCCAACGAGGUUAAAAUUGUGUACAUGAGAUGCACCGGAGGAGAAGUUGGUGCUACCUCAGCUCUGGCCCCCAAAAUUGGGCCGCUGGGUCUGUCUCCCAAGAAAGUUGGUGAUGACAUUGCCAAAGCUACUGGUGACUGGAAGGGUCUGAGGAUCACAGUGAAGCUGACAAUCCAGAACAGGCAGGCAGCGAUUGAGGUGGUCCCCUCUGCAUCGGCACUUAUCAUCAAAGCUCUGAAGGAGCCCCCUCGUGACAGGAAGAAGGUCAAGAACAUCAAGCAUAGUGGAAGUGUGACUUUUGAUGACAUUUUGGGCAUCGCCCGCGUCAUGAGGCCUCGCUCCAUCGCAAGAGAGCUCUCCGGAACCAUCAAGGAGAUUCUGGGUACUGCUCAGUCUGUUGGCUGCACCAUUGAUGGUCGUCCUCCGCAUGAUGUCAUUGAUGACAUCAACAGCGGCAAAAUCGAGUGCCCAUCUGAGUAAAAGCACUAAUAAAAUCUUGGGCAAAA